AUGCUCUUUUCAGACGACAACCUUCUGUCUUGUCGGCGGCCCGAGGCGCCUGCCUCGUCCGAACCCGGCAUGCCUCCGAUACCCGAGGCUCUGACCGUCAUCAUCACGACGUCGCCCACGCCCUCGGCGCCCUCCACUGAGUUGCUCGACACAAUCCUGGCCUCGUUCCACGAGCAUUGCCCUCUCCUCCUGGAGUGCAAUGUUGUCGUGGUCCUAGAUACCUAUGACAGGAUUGCGCCGGUGAAUCGGUUGAAGAAGGGGUCGGUUACGGCCGAGGGCGCCCAGAACUUCGCUGCGUACAAGGACAAUGUGAAGCGACUCGUCCUGAAGGAGUUUGUUGGGGCCGAAUCACUGGAGGAGGUCUUGUUGCUCGAGGAUUGUGGCCAGGCAGAGUAUGGGUCACCGUGCAUCGCGACCAACUUCACGGCGCUCAAGAUCCAAAGGACUGAGGACGAGCGUGUAGUCUUCAUCGAGCCUUCGGAGCGGCUUGGCUUCGGGCUGGCAGUGCGUUCGGCGCUGAGGCUGGUCGACACGCCGUAUGUGUGGGUGCAGCAGCAUGACUGGAACUUGAUCGUCAGCAUUCCCAUCCAAUCGAUCGUAGAGGUCAUGGUAGAGAGUGACUCGAGUGAGGAUGCUCCUGUAAAGUACGUCUGCCUGCCCUCGCCCCGGAUGCUCGAGUACGCAGACUCCUCGCAUGUCAAACCCUUCCCCGGACUUCGGGAGACGACUGCGGCCCUCAAGCGAGACUUCUUGGCGCCAUCGAGCCCGCACAAGGUCCCUCUGACGCCUCUUUUCUUCUGGCACGACAAGACUCACGUCGCCUCCACGAAGCACUACCUCAACCGUGUGUUUCCCACGCGGCUGGCAAUGGCGAGAGGAGCCUUCAUAGAGGACCACAUUGGACAGCGGGCGCGCAAUCAGAUGAAGGAGGGCUUGUUCACGAAGUGGGCGUGCUGGCUUUACUACCCCGACGGCGGUAAACUGCAGUGCCUAAGACACCUCCAUGGUCGCACUUGGCGUGGAAGGGAGGCUGAAAGGGAAAAAGUUGAAGCUAGCAAGUUGCAAGGUGGGGCCUCGCUUUCUGUUGAAUCAACUGAGGUUUCUUGCAGCUCCAAGCCACCUGGGUAG